AUGAAAUGUACAAAAAAAGAUGCUGGUGUUGAAUUAUUGCAAUAUAUAAGUAAAAUUACAUCUCAAAAACAAAAUAUAAAUGAUAAACAUAUUUUACCACAUGUGCAAUCAUUGAAGAAACAAAGUGAACAAAGAAUUACAACUAUAGUUUCAAACAUAAGUAAAAUAAAAGGCAAGAAUUGGUUAAAAAUAUUACACCAGACAUUGCUGGAUAAUGGAAUUAUAAUAAAUGGAUCUAAUAAUUUUUCAUGUACAUCAUGUAAACGUGAUAUUAUAUCAUUACAUGAUAUUUUAACACACAUCAAAGGAAAAUCACAUAAAAAUAUGUUAAAAAAUCACAGUGAAAAGUUAUGUAUCUCAGACAGUACAAAUAUAAAUCAAAAAUAUAGCUUAGAUACCAAAACAUGUACCACAGAAAAUAAUAAGAUAGUAGAUGAAAUAUUUUGCAGUACAGCAUUGAAUGCAGAUCACAAUUUAAUAUAUCACUGUCAAGCAAGAAUGUUUUUAUGGAAAAUUAAGGAAUUGCUUGGUCUAACAGAAAUGCAGAAUGAACAAUCAAGUACUAAUAAUAUUGCCAUAAUAACAGAACAUAUUAGCAAAGUAUCUAUUAAUGAUAAGAGAAUAAACAUAUCAAAUAAACCUGAUAAUGAUUUCAUUAUAACAAGUGAUAUAGAUGCAGAAAUCAAAAACUGUUUAAAUAUUUCACCACUAAAAUCAAAAGCAAAAAACAAUAUUAAUGCACAUAUUAAUAAUAGUAUACAUAAAGAAAGAAAAAAAAUGUAUGAUGAAUUUAAAGAUAGCUAUUUUAAUUGUAUAGUAGAAAAUCUUAAUACUUUGUGGUAUAGUAUUCAAAGAUAUUCUUGUGUUUUAUGUAAAAUAAAUUUUAAAUACAAAAUGGAGUUUAUAGAACAUAUUAUGGCAAAACACAAUGAACUUUUGAGAGACCACGUGUUUGACUUUUGUAUUCCAUGUACUACAUUGUGGUUGGAUACAAAAGACUCCUACACCGACCAUUGUAAUGACCUACUGCACAAAUAUUUAAUAAAAAGUGAAGAUUUCAUGAUUGAAAAUCUUCCUGGAUGUAUGCACAAAAUUUUAACUCAAGUUGAUGAAAUUUCUGAUAUUUUAUUCAAAGAAUCACAAUUUUUAUUAAAUGACAGUAUGCAACAGGAAGUGGAACAACUUUUAGAGAAUAGCUUCAAAUCACACUUUCCAUCUGUCAAAGCAUAUUCGUUUGGUUCAAGAGUUACUGGACUUGCAUUUCGAGACAGUGAUAUAGAUAUAUAUCUUGACUGUGAUGCUGCAUGCUACCAAGAUGAAAGUGAACAUUUGGAAAACAAUUACAUUACAAUUAUUACACAAGUUUUACAACAACAUACGAAAGAAUGGGAUGUGAGAAAAAUAAUAAAAAAUGCAAGAAUUCCUGUGAUAAAAUUAAUAUAUAAACGAAAAAAUAUAUACUGUGACAUUUCUAUCACAAAUAGUCUUUCUGUUGAAAACUCUAAAUUAAUACGGUCAUACAAUGAUGCUUAUCUACCUUGCAGAAAACUAAUAUUAUUUAUCAAGAAAUGGUAUGCUCUUACUUGGUUUGUUAUAUUCUACCUGCAAUUUGAAUCACAUUUGGAGAGUGUUGCAGCAUUAAUAAAAAAGCAAAACAAAUCUAAAGUGAUAUGGGGAUGGGAAACUGGUGUUGCACAACCAGAACGAAAUAAUAAAUCUGUACAACAACAAUCUAUUUCUACAUUGUUAAUAGGUUUUUUUAAGUUCUAUGCAACUUUUGACUAUCAACAUUACAUUAUUUGUCCACUUAUGGGUCAGCCUGUAGCAAGGCGAGCUUUUGCAAAGUUACAUAUGCUACCUGAAGAAAUGAUGCCUUAUAUCAAACAUGUAGCUAUAUCUAAAAAUCCAGAAUAUUUUCGUAUUGACUCUCCAUUAUGUGUGCAAGAUCCAUUUGAUUUAUCUCAUAAUUUAACAAAGGCUGUGAGCAGUAUUACCUUAAAAUGCUUCAAACAAUAUUGUCAAGAUAGUACAUCUAUAUUAUUGUCUUUGACAAAAUAA